UUUUUCUGAAAUUGGCGUAUUGUACAUAAACUAAGCGUGCUGUUACAGUUGCAAUAGCAUUUUUGGUGUAUUUUACUUAAUUGCUAGUUAUUUUAUUUUGCACAGUAAGCCGAUAAGCUUUCAAAACAUAAACAUUCUUAUCAAAGAAAUAGCAUACAAUGGGCGGACAUCACGGAGAACCCUACAAGGUGCCACAUCCAUCGAUCUACAAGGUGGAAAAUGUGCCACAGCUGGUGGAAGUGAAAGAAGCUCUGGGUCGCCAGGGCUUAAGUGAUCCAUGGCUGAGGAAUGAGGCUUGGCGCUACGAGAAGAAGGCCUUCGGCACCCACAGAUCUCGUCUGAACACCUUCCUCUUCCGCGGUCUCGGCGUUGGCUUCUGCGCCUUUCUGGCGACCAUUGCCGUCGAGUACGGUCUGGGUAUUGGCAAGGGCCAGGGCGGCCAUGGACACGGUCACGACGACAAGGACACGAGCCACCAUUAGUGAAAUUAAAUAAACAUGUGUUAAACUCUGAAAUAAUUUUAUUCGCAGUUCAUACUGUCGAUUAGCUCCAAACUAAAACAAGCCUCCAAUCAGUUGA